ACAACAGUCUCAGUAAAUAAGGUGACCCCUGAGGGAUGUAAGCUUCCUGAGCACACACUGAAUUUUGCCGUGACCCCUGUCUUUGGCAUCAGACAGCAACUAUUGGAAGUGAGCCCGGGUCACUUUGAAAAUGUCGCUGUCUUCAAAGUCAGGGCUAUGGAGCACUCCAGGAGAAGGAUAGGGCUCUAUGCUGAGAUGCCAGGCAGGCAUUGAACAAGGUCUGGCAGCUGCAGAUUCUGUGACUACAACUAUCUUUAUUCUCUGGAGACAGACGGGAACAAUCAUUCCAAACCGCAUCGUGCAGACAAUACGUGUGUGAUCCUUGAGGCUUAAAUCUGACUGGUGAAGCGCUAAAUUCUGGCAAGUCUCAAGAUAAAUUCUGUGGUGAAACCGGUCUGACAGGAGAAAACCUCUAUUGUCCUGGUUUUAGACAAAACAGUGUCCUUGAAGACGAAAUGGGUCUUCUCUGAGAAGUCUUUGAUCUGACUAGUGUGCUUCGACAGCCUCUGAAACUCAGCCAUCAGCUAAAUAUUACCUGCAUGCUCUGCUCAGCUGUGUGUCGAGCACCAGAUGAGACAAAGAGCGUCGCCUUUUAUUUCCUCCUGUUGAUCUCUUACGGCAUCUCCUGGCAUUAGCUGUCAACAAAACACUGGAGGUUGUUGAUUAAUAAGAGCGAAGCUUGUUAGAGGGGCUACAAUUGGAAUUAAUUUUGUCGAACCUCAUGAGCAGCCUUGAGUGAAAGAAAAAUGUGUCUGACUCAGAUCCCUUUGUUUUACUUAUAUGCAAAUGCUGGCUCUUGCUUUGGUCUUUAUUUAAAAAAAAAGUUAAACAAAUAGAUGGUAGGAAGGCAUUAGUGUUCCGUACCACUGAAGGUUUUUAAUGCCACUAAAAGACGUGGCUCUUUGUAGCCAAAAAGGAUUGCAUAGGAAUGAGUGAAGCUGGGCGAGAUAACUUUUUCAAAUCUUAGGAAGCUAGCAGGAUAUACUCACUUUUGUAAGUCCUGUCAGGUCAAGCCAUAGAAGUGCCUUGCACACACAUAGAAAUGAUGGAAUGUGUAGUGGGCCGUAUGAAAUUGUGAUGCAGGCUGAAUGUUGAACCAGAGUUUGACUCUAGAAUCUCUACAUUUCAUUAUGAAAAAAGGGUUUGAUUGAGGGUUAACACCUGUCAUCGGCUUGAAGGUUUUAAGCCUUCCUUAGGCUUAAAGAUUCCAGGAUGGAUGAGUGAGGAAUUUUUCUGAGCUGCCAUUUUGUUUCUGCGAUGAUGAGAGGAAAGGGUUAAUGAUUUAAUUUUCGUAAGCAUUUCAUAAUGUAAAAGAGGUUAUUGUGUUGUUCGGAUUCAUCAUUUUUCAUCCAGAAAUUUAGUUCCAGCUAACUUGGGUUCCAGGUCAUGCGGACUCUUGUGACUAGUUUGGAUAUUCCUCAAAACCCAGAUAUGAAAGAGCCCUUUCAAUGAAUGUUCAAAAGGAAAAUUUGGACGAAUUAUUCAAAAUGAAAUUACAGCGGAGAAUUGAAAACUGAAGAAAUGUUCCUUAUUAACAGCUAUCUUUUAAGCAGUUGGACCAAUUGUAGAAACACUAGUUUAAAUGUUGAACUGACUGCACACAUGUCUGUGUGAUGUCUCUUAAGCGUGAAAAAAAAAAUCACACUUGACUAUGUACUCUAUCCACGAAAACAGUGGAAAUCUCUCCGCAGGUUGGCCCUCGCCAUAGAGAAACCUCAUAAACACUCCAGACCAGUGUAUCAUCUGUAUAGUGAUCUUGUGGGCUUGAAGCCAGAGGGUAAAAUGGCAUCACCAUGAUGUAAUGUCAGCUCUUCGUCAGCCUGUGAAGUGUCCUUUUGAAUGGUAAAAGUAAUGGAAAGUAAUGCCCAAUUCUAGCAGAAAAUGACUUGACUUGAGGCAGUAGUCAGGUUUACAUCCAAAUGUUUCGACAUUUUGCCACUUAAUGCCAGUUUCCAUUUGUUAUUAUUCCACGUCCUCCAAUCGUAUAAGAUUUUGUGAAUUUUCGGCCAUUAUUUUCACAUUCCUUAACAUUUCUUUUUGUUAUUUUUUUUUUUAAUUUGAAGAAGAAUAGGUGGAUGCAAACCCCAUUAUUAGAAAUGAAAGUCCUGUUCAUUUAUGAGGUUGUCUAUACAAACUUCAUCAAGAGUUACACCGUCACUUAUGUAAAAGUAUUUUUGGAAAUUGGACGUUCUCUGACAAGCCUCUCUUUAUCUUCAAUGCCUUUGUGCCUUUCCUUUUUCUCUUGUGCUUUACUGGCAGGCAGCUGUAUCAAACCUGGUGUGAAGCUGAAGUGUAUUGCCCAUUUUAUAAAUAUCUUUUUCAGACUUUUUUUUUUCUUUUGUCACUGGCUGGCUGCACAAAUGCCUGAAAAUGAGUCACGUCCCAUCAUCCUUGCACGGCACAUUCAUGGAAGCAGAUCAGUCUUGAGAAUUAGCAUUUGUCUGAGAAUCAUAGUCUGUCGAAGGGAACCUGUUAAGCUGGGAGUAGCAGUGCGUUUUGACUUCGCCUGCAGCCUUGAGCAUCUAUAAUUCACCAGUCUGGAAAGGUGGAUUUAUGGAAUUUCUCAGCAUAAAGGAUAGAGGACCUGCUGCAGCCGGAAGACAGCCUCGAAACAAAUUUAACAGCAUUCAUUUAUAACCCGGGUAAAUGAGGCACUUUCAUUGUGACAGCUGAAAAGUAACAAAGUAAUAAAUUCUGAACGCAAAUAAUACUUUGUGGCUGAAUUGCAGUUGAGAUGUGGUGAGAUGUGUUUGCAAUAAGAAUUCUUGGUAUUCUGAAUGCAUAUCAUGCAUCUCUGAAUGAUCAUUCCACUUCUGGUGAUCCUUUUUAAACUAGCUGAGACAUAAACUCUGACAACAUGAAUCUUUAGGGGAAUAACUAUCUGUGUACAAAUCGUACGAUUUGAAAAAGGUCUGCAGCUUGGACAAAUCAAAGCGCUGUACAGGUGCGCUGGCUGCACCGGGUUUGUACCGCUUUGAUUCAAAAGGUCAGUAUUGGCUCUCAGUUCAAUCCACUGUCCCACUCAUUAUUGAUCCAGCUAAUCAUUGUUUUAGCUAAUCCUAUCAUUCCACACCAAGGAAUCCCUCUGGCCUGAGCUAAAGUGACACAGUUGUUGCCUUUAUUUAGGUCAGAAGAAGUAAGCGUGUCAUAGGAGAGUCAUCUUUGGAAUUGGGCUGUGUUAAUAUUAUUCAUUAAAUAGUAAUACAAGUCAGAGGUCUAGGAAGUUGCUAUCUGGCUGGCUUUGACUUUGUGAACUCUGCGUUGUUACGUAAUAUUUUAUUUAUUGAUACAAGAUAUGAUUAAAGAUGCUCCUGAACUAUGUCCUUGGCAGACAUGCUGGGACACGGUCUCCCUAGGGACCUUGUGGUGUGCUUAUGUUGAUGAAAAAUGAAUGACAUGAAUAUCCAGAUGUGGGUUCACCCCGGAUCCAAGUGUGCACUGCCUUAGGUCCUAAAUAAGAUUUAUUCUCCUGGAAAUCUUCAGUAUGGAAAUGUGGCUCUGUGUCCGGUGCUGAUCACAUACACAGCACGUCUGCGCCCCUUUCAUCCACAAUGCAUGUUUUGUCUGGACGUGCCACUUCAGUCCUUAGCCACAUUGCUUCUGAGAAGAUUGCAUUUCUGCUGUUAAGACAAGGGGGAUUGCAUUCCCAGCGCUGUUUCAGGAGUAAUGGCUUUGAAUAGCGUUGGAGCUGCGGGGAGAUUAUAGCAGCAGGAUCAAGCACGCCGUAACUUCUGCCUCUCUUACUCUGUGUUACGCUACUGUUGCAAGACUAAAAAUUAGUGUGAAUGAUUGUCACAUUUGGCUGCAGGAUGCUGGGAACAGGCGGGCAACAAAGGAAGGGCGAUGGAAAUAUGUUCAAGCUAAUGAUACGCCUAAGAAGAAUCAAUUCCACCUCAUUGGAAGCAUCACAGGAUGGCUCACCUGCACCUCUGGCUAAGGAGAUGAAUUUAGUUGUACCAUUUGUUACCUAAUCCCACAGGCACACCGUGAUGAUUGAACUAGCAUAUGCUAAUAUAUGGACAUUUUGGCCAAUACGCAGCGUUAAAUAAGAUAUGGGCGAGUUCAAAGCAAGCUGUAGUAUGUUGCCAUUCAUCACUGGGAGUUGAUUUCAAUUUCUCGAUGUCUGCCAGUGCAAGUAUCUUACAUACUGCGUAUUAUUUAUUAUGUGACGUGCAUUGUCAUACGUUAUCCAUACGAUGAGAAACCUGUCACUGCAUGUCCUCCUAGACAUGUCAGGUGACGUGUUUGAAGUGACCUGUUCAGGAGACAUCUGUUGUAUCUAGCCUCAAUGUCCUUCCUCGAGAUCCUUCCUCUAAGGGCAUGGUCACACUUGGAUAAGCGUGUCGUGCUUAAGCUAAAAGCCGGGACUCUAGAGUCAGUGUGACCGCAAACGAGUCACAGCUGAGCAUGGCAGGCUUCCUUGGAAUGGGACAGUUGGAUGAGAUGGACAGUGCUGAUACGAUUGGUGGCGCAAAAGUAUUGUUGGGCAUUCAAUGUGAGAACGUAUCCGAUGUAUAUACUGUAUAUCAAGUGACCCAUUCCCAACAGCGGCAAAUAAUUCACAUUGGUCUAAUGAGGAAAUUCAAAGUUUGCUGGAGAUUUGAGCGGGAAACGGAAUCCAGGAGCAGCUGGACAAGACAUAUAAGAAAGAAAAAGUUUUACGACCGUCUUAGGGGAGUGGCUAUCAGGGCAAUGUUGAACAAUGUUGGGACAAAGUGAAUAACCUGAGGCUCAAGUAUCUGGAAGUGCAGAAUUCUCCUCAAAAAUCAUGUGCAUUUGUCCAACAAACAGGACAACUUUCGCUAGUGCGACUCCAUUGAUGCUAUAAACGACAGCCAGCCAAGAAGCAACCCUUGUUUUGAAGCAACUCUCAACAGACCAGAUACGGCUGCUUUUACUGUUCUGCGUAAAAGAGAUUCUGUUGUAGAUUCUGUUCUGUUGUUGGGCUCAGUCGCUUUACAUUCCUGUCAGCCUUUAAGCCUUUCGCCUUUAACCUUUAAACAUACAAUAAUCCAAUCUCUCCCAUAGGUAGUUUCAACAAUUCCAGACAAAUCAUCAAACUUGGUCUGGGUUCUGAGCAACAGUUUUAAAAAACUGGCAUGAUUUCAAAUUUUAGAUUUCAUGCGACAAAACUUCUUGAAAAAUCCCAAUCUGGUUUUACACCAGUGUAGUGAUGGGUAGAUUAGGUUUCAUGAAACAGUGCCCAGACUUUCAGAAGCCACCAGAUGGCACUGUCUGCUCCAAUAUGUUGCGACUUGAACAACUACUUGAAUUAAACAUAAUUUCCAAGUUAAGAGGGCCAUCUAGUGGCCUCUGACCAUUACAAUGCCGUUUCAUCCACGCUACUGUACCUCAUCUACCCACCACUACCUCAGGAUAUGCCAUGGAGACAGCCCAUCUAAAAGUAGCAUCGUCUUGGCAGCAGUGCAGCAUUUGACAUUGGGAAUGAAAGACACAAGUCAUAUCUUUUAGAUAGGACAUCUAUUACCUGUUCUAUUUUAGGCCUCAUUUACUUUUGUAUGCUCCACAUGCUGCCUCUUGGUCAAAUCAACCAAAAGAACAAGGACUCCUACACAGAUUUACCUACCAACAAAGGAUUCUCAAGACGUUGCUCCACCAUGUCUUUGGUGACAUCCACAUGGAGCUGCACAUUUUCCUAUCCGAUCGUUUUUUAUAUUACGCCCCCAUGACACAAUUGGUUUCAAAUCUAUUCACUCUGGAACCAGGCUUCAAAAAGUAUAUGAAUGUGCUGACUUUGUGCCAGCAUAUCCGACACAAAACUUGUCUCCAUGUGGAUGGGGUCCUAGUGAUGUCACCAUUUGGAUUUCCCUCAUCACACUCCUGUAGCUUUACAGCUUGAGUCCCUGUUCCAAACCAUCUCCUAUAGCCAGAAAAUGUUGUGUCGCAUUUCACUCCUCACUCUCUUUUGACUCUUAAGUUAAAAAGACAUUUCAUUCCUCUUUGCUCCAGUCAUCGAAAAUCAAACCCGUGCUCUCUCACACGCUGUCUUAGAGUAUCCCUGCGCUCAUAUUUCCGUGCUUGGACCGCUCCUCACUGUCAUUAACUGCUAUCACACCUCCAAUUGAUCCAGAACUCCAGUGAGGCUUCUAGCUGGUUCUAAUGGACGCCCGCUCAUCACCAUAGCUGCACUGCACAGGCUCUCUGUUCUUGUUUUAUUCACAAUUUUCAAUGCCCACUUUGGGCUGGCCACUGAAUACAAUGUAGAAAUGCUGCGACCCUACAAUCCAGCUCGGAUCCUCUGAUCAUCAUCCAGGUGCUUGGUGAUACAGUCAAGACUUGAAUCUAAGACAGAACCGUGCUCCGCAACUUUGGAAUUGCAUGCCGUAAGAAAUCCAAAAUGCACUUGUUAAUUUCUCUUAAAACUCAUUUUGAUAGACUUGCUGCUACAUGAUGUCGACCUGUUUUCUGACUUACUUCUGCUUUCAAGUUCUUUGCAUGCAUGCCUCCGAGUUUGCAUGUAUAUACAGGUAUGCUCUAGUUAUGUUGACUUUUAUCUGUUAGACAAAUGUUCACCUUGUUCUCGGAGGUGCUGUGUCAAUGGAUCGUGUUAAUAUUAUGUCCAAUAUUUCUCUCUUUCCUCUGCCAAUGAGACCUGAGGGGUGUAUACCUGACCCAAGUGGGAACUGCCACUACCUUCAAUCGCACCAAAUAUGCUUUCAUGGGGUAUGCUGGAAAAUAAUGCCCAUAUGCAAUAAAACUUCACUACUGAACCAUAAAAGUGGUUCUGCGUUGAUCUACGAUCCCGCCACCUGGCUCCCUGCCCACUCCCACCCCCUUCUUCCCACUUAUAGAUCCUUUGAGGGGAGGUGCUCUGGGUGGGUCUCUCAUGUUUAUUGUAUCAGUCUUCCCCCUACAUUCGAUCCCCGUCUGGUCCUGGAGAGGAGAGGAGAGGAAAGCGGCGAUGUUUGGAGCAUUUUACGCACGCCGUGCACCAAGUUAGCUGCUCAUGUUUCGCUUCUUUCUCUCGGAGCCGUGGACUUUUCUGUUGUUAAUUUCUCCCACUCAAAGCAGCAGACCUGCUGACAUGCGCGGAGGAGCCGGGGGAGCGUUUGGAAGCUACUUUGUGACGCGUAAAUGGAUCUAUUUUGGUCUGAUGCCGUCAGAAAACUAAACUUAAUGGAGUUACUGUGUGAAAUACAAACGACAAACUGGACGUGAAUCACACCCCGAAACUCCAAUGUCCUCUGCAAAAACGCACUUUCAAAGUCAGUAUUUAACGAACACAUGAAGAGACUUUGACCACUGACACCCCAACACAGGUGCUUCUGUUGAAUCUGGUUGUUCAUUUGAAGCGGUGAAUAAUAACAGUGUUAUAAUAAUAAAAACCAGGCCAGGAGAAUGGAUCCCAGCAAAGUGGGCUCGGCGACCUUGGUCGCCGGCGGCGGAGCCAGCGUGAGUGCGAAAGCGCCCAAACAUCUGUGGCGGCAGCAGAACCAGACCGCGCUCUCGCCGCUCCACCACUCGCUGGUCGUGCGCAAAACCGAGCGAGUCAGACAAAGAGGCUUUUCGGACACCGAGCGAUACCUCCACCCGAGGAACAUGGACCGGACUUACGCCGUGGACACGGGACACCGACCCGGGCUGAAGAAAUCCAGGAUGUCGUGGCCGUCGUCGUUUCAAGGUCUUCGACGUUUCGACGUGGACAAUGGAACAUCAUCAGGUCGCAGCCCACUGGACCCCAUGGCCAGCCCGGGGUCUGGCCUCAUCCUGCAGGCCAAUUUUGUCCACAGCCAGCGGAGAGAGUCAUUCCUCUACCGCUCGGACAGCGACUACGACCUCUCGCCCAAGUCUAUGUCCCGAAACUCCUCCAUUGCCAGCGACAUUCAUGGAGACGAUAUGAUUGUAACGCCUUUUGCACAGGUUCUCGCCAGCUUGAGAACUGUACGGAACAACUUCGGUGCAUUAACAAACCUACAGCAAGACAGAGCGUCGAAUAAAAGAUCACCAAUGUGUAAUCCACCGCCCAUCACCAAGACCACCUUUACAGAGGAGGCCUACCAGAAACUGGCCACUGAGACCCUGGAGGAGCUGGACUGGUGCUUGGACCAGCUGGAGACGCUGCAGACCAGGCACUCGGUCAGCGAGAUGGCCUCCAACAAGUUCAAGCGAAUGUUGAACAGGGAGCUGACUCACCUGUCAGAGAUGAGUCGAUCAGGGAACCAGGUGUCUGAGUUCAUCUCCAGCACCUUCCUGGACAAACAGCACGAGGUGGAGAUGCCGUCCCCGCAGACGCAGAAGGAGAAAGAGAAGAAGAACAAACCCAUGUCUCAGAUCAGCGGAGUGAAGAAGCUGCAACACUCGUCCAGUCUCACAAACUCCAACAUCCCCCGCUUUGGUGUCAAGACGGAGACUGAGGAUGAACUUGCUAAGGAGUUGGAACAUGUAAACAAAUGGGGCCUUAAUGUUUUCAAAAUCUCAGAGUUCUCUGGGAAUCGGCCGCUGACAGUCAUGAUGUACACGAUUUUCCAGGAAAGAGACUUGUUGAAAACUUUUAAAAUUCCACUCGACACCUUUAUUACAUACCUGAUGACCUUAGAAGACCACUACCAUGGCGACGUGGCCUAUCACAACAACAUCCAUGCUGCUGACGUCACUCAGUCCACUCAUGUGCUGCUCUCCACACCGGCUUUGGAGGCUGUGUUCACGGACCUGGAGAUCCUGGCCGCCAUCUUUGCUAGUGCUAUUCAUGACGUGGACCAUCCUGGCGUCUCCAACCAGUUCCUCAUCAACACCAACUCUGAGCUGGCGCUGAUGUACAACGACUCGUCCGUGUUGGAGAACCAUCAUCUGGCUGUCGGUUUCAAGCUCCUGCAGGAGGAGAACUGUGACAUCUUCCAAAAUCUGACCAAAAAACAGCGACAAUCACUGCGAAAGAUGGUCAUCGACAUUGUUCUGGCCACCGACAUGUCCAAGCACAUGAACCUACUAGCUGAUCUGAAGACCAUGGUGGAGACCAAGAAGGUGACCAGCUCCGGUGUCCUGCUGCUGGACAACUACUCUGACAGGAUACAGGUACUCCAGAAUAUGGUGCACUGCGCUGACCUCAGCAACCCCACCAAACCCCUGCAGCUCUACCGCCAGUGGACCGACCGGAUCAUGGAGGAGUUCUUCAGCCAGGGCGACCGAGAGAGGGAGAGAGGGAUGGAGAUCAGCCCCAUGUGUGACAAACACAACGCCUCCGUGGAGAAGAGCCAGGUUGGUUUCAUCGACUACAUCGUCCACCCACUGUGGGAGACGUGGGCCGACCUGGUCCACCCAGACGCCCAGGACAUCCUGGACAUGCUGGAGGACAACAGGGAGUGGUACCAGAGCACCAUCCCUCAGAGCCCGUCUCCAGCCUUGGACGACGCAGAUGAAGGCGGUCGACCUCCAGGAGGGGACAAGUUCCAGUUUGAGCUCACUCUGGAGGAGGACGGGGAGUCGGACACGGAGAAGGACAGCGGCAGCCAGCCGGAGGAGGAAGAGGAGGAGGAGGAGGAAGAGGAGGAGGAUGAAAACAGCUGUACGGACUCGAAAACGCUCUGCACGCAGGACUCUGAAUCCACGGAGAUUCCGCUGGACGAGCAGGUCGGGGAGGAUGACGACGAGGAGGUGGCGGAGGAGGAAGAGGAGACGCCUUGUUCGCAGCCGUGCGUGGUGGAGGAGGAGGUUCCAGAGGACGAGGAGGAGAAAGACACAUAGCAGUGGGCGCACCUCCUCUGACAAACUGUUCUUCUUAGUAAUGACAGAUGAUUAUUUAUAUUUUGUGUUUUUUAUACAUCCAUGUUUCCAAAGCUGCUCAGCUUUGUUCACCGCCGGUACUUUUUCAAGUUAUUUUGCACUCAGGAAAAUUUCCUCUCCCUUCCUACUGAUGUUUCUUUAGCUCCUCCCCAAACACAUCCCCUCCUCCGCCUCUCUCCCUGAACGUUUAAGCAAGUGCCCAUUUUCCACUUGACAAGAGGAGUCGGUCUCUGCUCCUCACAGCGGGUGUGCUCUGUGGAGACUCGCGGACGGACGCUGCAGAGGUGAAGCCGUCUCGGUGGGAGGGUUUCCGGGGGUAUAUCGAUGUGGAAGUCUUCCUUGUUACUGACACAAAGCUCAAACAUCCGCGUCCGAGGCCUCGUACUGUACGUGACAUUUAUUUUCUAGACCUUUUUCAGGCUGUGGCUCGCAGAGAGGAUGCUGAUCCGCUCAGAGCAUUUUAUCGUCCUCUCUGUCGUGCGUCCACACUGAAAAUGCAUUUCUUUCUUUCGUUGUGAGAGUUCUCGUGGCGAAGCCUUUAAAUUUGAUUAUCGUUGCCUGCAGUUCUGUUGAACACAUCCUGAGACAAUGCAAAGUUUCUAGUCGAGACAAAAAGCACCUUUUGUUUUUUAGAAGUCGCUUGUUAGUGCUCAGAUUAUACCCAAAUAAUAAUGGUCUUUAUUAUCGGCGUGAUUUUAUACCAAUGAUCUUAGACUUUUUUUUUUUUUUUUGGGCUUAUUGCCAUCGCUCCACCACUUUUGUUAGGCGGAUGUAGAGAAAGUCUUUCUUGAGAAAACAACUGCAGUUGGUUUCCUCUUCACUCAGCUUUCCUCCCACAGUACAAAAACGAAAGCGAGUUGGUGACUCUAAAGAGUGGUAGUUUCUAUGGGCCCAGCAAUGGACUGGUGCCCCCCACCUCCCUCACCUUGUGUCUGGGACACAUGGGAGUCAUGGGAAGACAACAAAUGCUCCUAUCGUAAACAAUCAAGAAAUCCAAAAAAAGACAGUGUGCUAUCAUAGAAACUGCUGUUUACUAAGUGGUGCUUUUCUUUUAAUGGUGCAGUAACCAAGAUUCUUACGACAUUACAAGAGCAAAUGCUUUUAGCACAAAGGAACUUUAUUGAUGGACGUCAAGUAGAACACUCCGUUUUUGCUAUGAUUCUCUCUCAAGCAACAAAGCCCUGUCUUGACUUCACCACGCACCAGUGUGAGUGCAUUGCACUUUCUUCGGUCACAUUGCAGUAUCUCUUUUAAGACCAUAAAAAAAAAAAAAACUAAAACAUAGCUAUACUUCUCCUUCCUUGUAAAAUGUCACUAAUCUGAGAAGUUUCUGAGCUGACCUUUAGGAUGCAGAACAUCUUUGAAUCUCUGUUGAUCAAUGAUUCAUUCGUAUUUUAUUGGCCUUCAAAGUUUGCAUGUUUAGUCUUGGUCUCUUUUUGGGGUCAAAGAAAUGUAGUUCCUGUUGCAGCGUCGACAAGGUCAUGUCAAGUUAAAUAUAUAUUAAGCCAAACACUGGAAUAUUGUCAGUUUCUCUCCUGGUAGUGAUGGCUACGGUUUCUGAUUCUCAAGAGAGACUUUUUCUCCAUCCAUCCAAACAUUUUGUUUUCAGGACCUUCAUCAUCAUCAUCAUCAUCAUCACAUUGGCCCUCGAAUGCACUGAUCACACGGACUCUUUUCUUCACUCUUGCAUGAACAUUGCCGUCUUAUACCUCGUCCAGGAGUCUCCUCCCAUCGUCCUUUCACUUCCACACACAUACUGUAUUAUUGUUAUUAUUUAUUUUUGCAAUAUAAAGGUGGUACAGUAAAUAUUGGACUGUAGCAUAGAUCAGGCUUGUCAGUCACAAACCCAAAUACGACUUUUUUUUUUGGUUUGUUUGUUCCUCUCUGUGUAAAUAAGAUAUUUUUUUAAGACAGAAUAAUGCACACUGCUUUAUCUUUCAUUUUGUGCCAAGAGUUGAGUUCCUCUUUGUAUUUACAUCCUCACCUGAUGCCCUUAUCUGUGAUUUGUUCUGGUUUUUAUGGCUGUUUACAAACCUAUAUUUAUUGUGCUGUAUAUAAUAUAUAAUUAAUGUUAUUACCAUCAUAGCGUCGUUUGUUGUAAAUGGUCGACUCUUAAUCAUCCCUUUUGGUGAUGGUGUGGCUGUAUUACGUACCUCUUGUUGAGAGAAUGUUUAUUACACGUGAGCGCGGGUGUAAAAAGUCGUUGCUGGUCUGAGGCCGCACUCAGAGGCGAGAGAGGAAGAGGUGGAAAGCCAAAUUGUUUUUUAAAGAGAAGCUGUUCCUUGGCCCAUGGGCUGUGCCUUAAAUCCAAAACAUGUCAUUUAGCCUUUUUAUGGUUUCUUUUCUAGUUCUCCUUUGCUGCAUUAGUGAAUCCUCCGGCUCGGUUGACCUGCUCGUCUUCACGGAGAGUUGCCUUCUUCACAGCCAAAUUCGCUCGGAUGGGUUGGAAAAAAAAAAAAAAAGUGUUGGGAGAUUCAGGUCAACCAGGAGUUUGAGAUUUCCUCUGUGAGUGAUGUGUGGCCUAUAGAUGUGGUGGAGUCAUGUAGACCAGGUGCUGACCCUUUGGUCCCACCCCCCCAACAGGAGCGGUCAGCGACAAACACUGAGCAGGAAGUUGCUGCUGGGUCUGCUAAAGCACACGUGACUGAGGGGCACAUCUGCAUGUUCAGCCACUGCUGCAUUAAUUCUGGCUGAAAUACUGACAGUGUGUCACGAAUCUAUGCUCGGCCCACACUCCCACUCACUACCUUGCAAUAUCCAAAAACGAAAAACGAAAAAAAAAAAGCGAGGGAUGGUGGAGAAGUUCCUGGAAUAAAGACUGAAAAGAGGGGGAAUGGGGUGCAUCCUAUUUUGACACACAUACUGUAGAUUCUAAACAGCCCUGGACCAAUGGAAACAGUGCAUUCUUUUCGCGUUAUGUGUUCUAUUUUUUUAUGGUAUGAAACUGUAAUCUUGAGGAAAAAAAGAAAAAGUCUUCAGGACGAACUAUUUUUUGGGUCUUUAGAAUGCCAACUCAUCGGGAGGUUUCACAGGACAACUCAAAUGUUAUUUUAAUGGAAUCCUUGUUAAUUGCAGUCUAUUGGAUAGCACUGUAGAUCAUGAGACUUUAUGUAAAAAAAAUAAAAAUAAAGAAAAAAGAUUGAUUUUUUUUAUAUGCAAAUGGGUUCAAUAAAAGCAUGGGUUGAUU